AUGUCCAUGAGGAGCCCCGUUUCUCCCCACCUGGAGCUCGAUGGAGCGGGCAGCAUGGUGAACUGCACCAUCAAGACGGAGGAGAAGAAGGAGGGAGGCUACGAGUCCCCACCGGGGGCUGCCCCCAGCACCGAGCCCUGUCCCAACGACCUGCCGGGGCCACCGCCGAGGGAGGGCACCGACCCCCCGGCACUGUCACAGGAGUCCCACUCGCCCGCCGGCGAUGCGCCGGAGCCCAGGCGCUCUGCCUUCGAGCCAGCCGUCAGCGGCCAGGAGAAGCUGGACUUCAACAGGAACUUGAAGGAAGUGAUGCCAACCAUCGAGAAGUUACUGUCCAGUGACUGGAAGGAGCGGCUGCUGGGUCGAAACACCACUGAGUCCAAGGAAGUGAAAGGAACCCAGGAGAGCCUGGCGGAGAAGGAGCUCCAGUUACUCGUCAUGAUCAACCAGCUGUCCACGCUGCGGGACCAGCUCCUGACGGCCCACUCGGAGCAGAAGAACAUGGCUGCGAUGCUCUUCGAGAAGCAGCAGCAGCAGAUGGAGCUGGCGCGGCAGCAGCAAGAGCAGAUCGCCAAGCAGCAGCAGCAGCUCAUCCAGCAGCAGCACAAAAUCAACCUGCUGCAGCAACAGAUCCAGGUCAACAUGCCCUACGUCAUGAUUCCCGCCUUCACCCCCAGCCACCAGCCUCUCCCCGUCACUCCCGACUCCCAGUUAGCGCUGCCCAUCCAGCCCAUCCCCUGCAAACCAGUGGAUUACCCAGUGCAGCUGCUUCACAGCCCCCCUCCUCCCACGCUGAAGAGACCCGCUGGCUCGGGCCACCUCCAGAUGCAGGAGACCUCGCAGCCGCUGAACCUGACGGCCAAACCCAAAGGUUCCGACCUCCCCAGUGCCUCCAGCUCGCCCAGUUUGAAGAUGAGCGGCUGGCAGUCCCUCACGCCGAGUCACGGCGCCACCAGGGACCUGCAGAGCAGCCCGUCCCUCCUGCCUCUGGGGUUCCUGGGCGAAGGUGAUGCCAUCCCCAAAGCCAUCCAGGAUGCACGGCAGCUACUGCACGGCCACAGCGGAGAGCGGAUGGAGGAGACCCCUGCCCACCGGCUGGAUGAGGCUCUGUUGACCUGUGAGAUGGACGGCUCACGGCACUUCCCCGAGUCCAGGAACAACAACCACAUCAAGCGGCCCAUGAACGCCUUCAUGGUGUGGGCGAAGGAUGAGAGGAGGAAGAUUUUGCAGGCCUUCCCGGACAUGCACAACUCCAGCAUCAGCAAGAUCCUGGGCUCCCGGUGGAAAUCCAUGACGAACCAGGAGAAGCAGCCCUACUACGAGGAGCAAGCCCGGCUGAGCCGGCAGCACCUGGAGAAAUACCCCGACUAUAAGUACAAACCCCGACCCAAACGCACUUGCAUCGUGGAGGGGAAGCGGCUGCGCGUGGGCGAGUACAAGGCGCUGAUGAGGAACCGGCGGCAGGACGCCAGGCAGGGCUACUUGAUAGGGUAA